UAUAUAAACCUUAUUGAAAUAGAGAGACUAAAUAAACUGCAUAAUACGCAUCAAAUAAAUAUACCUAUCAGAAAGACCAUGUUGUCUUUAAAAUGUUUGCUGGCGUAUUGGAUAUUGUUGUUCUUUGUUUUCCGCUGCAUUGUUCCUAGUUUAGGCGUCAGUUGUAAGGGGUUUGGGCACCACAAUCCUCCCGAUGAUUGGUUUGUUCUGUACAAACUUCCCAGGAAAAUAAAUGAUGAGAAUAGACUUGUUCAGAAGGGAAACGCCUUUAUUUACAUGACCUCAAAUCAGCAGAAGUGGGCGUUUUCUGAAAUUGGAAUUGAUGAAAAAUACACACCAAUAUACAAUACACUCCAACAAAUAUAUGAUCGGCCUAAUAACUCAGGGUUAGACUUUGGAAUGUAUAAUGACCAACCUCCAAAUACGGAAAGAGUUGCAACCAUAGCAGGACAAACGAAAGGUGCGUUUGCUUUUGAUGAACUUGGAGGCUUUUGGAUGAUUACAAGUACUCCUCGUUUCCCGAUGCCCCACAAUUCAAAAAACACUUAUGUUUUUCCAGAGAGGUUUUUGGAGAGCAGUCAAAUAAUCUUCUGUCUAUCACUGGACAAGGAUCAGAAACAAACAUUGAAGAAUUCAAUCUUUCGAGUGACAAUACCGUAUAACUAUAGUGGUGUUUGGGAUAUCCCCGAAAGAACUCCACCCUCAUCAGAUAUAAUGAUUGAAAAUGUGGGAACGGGAUACAUUUACUUUACAAAGCAUAGAAGAACUGAAAAAGAUGUUUUUGAGUUCGCCAGGCGUAGAUUAAGUCGCAGGGAAAUGACGGUUCAUACGACACCUAGAACUUCAGCUGAGUUAAAAAAUAAUCGAAUGCGUCAAGUAAGACUGCUAACGUUCAUGCUGCCACUGCCAAAUCCUCAUGUAUUACAAUGGAUGUCUUCAUCUGACAGCUCAAAGUGGGCGGUGACAAAGGAUUUCAUAUGCAUUGGAGAUCUUAACAGAAAUGAGCAACAAUUAAGCCGAGGAGGGGGACUCCUUUGUAUGAGGAACCACGAAGUUGCAGCCCAGUUCGAAUCUCUGGUAGCAUGUUCUUCUGUACUGAAUGAAGAUGUUUCGUAUGUAGGUUACGUGGUUGAAGCUGUAGCAGAUAUGUUCGUAUGUUGUUUCUGGUCAUACAACUACUAUGAAGAUAGAGUGUUCUGUUGGAUAAUUACAACAACGAUUGUUAUCAUCUGUUCGGUAAUAAUACUAAAACGUCAAAGACAGGCUAGCAAGAACAAGAACGAAAAAACCGAAAAUCUAAUCCCAGAGCCAGAAACAAAUACUCAAAUCAAUGAACAAAACAAAAAUCCAGAAGCACAACAAAAGCAAUGAUCAAAACACCGAAGUAACAAACAACCCCCCCCCCCAAAAAAAAAAAAAUCAAUGUUCGGAAGCUUCAUUAUUCUUUGGAGUCUCGAAAGUUCUGCACCGGAUUGAUCACAAAUAAAACAUUUAUAUAGAAAAGAUAAAAUAAUACAUGUAUGUAAAUUCUUCUAUUGUAAAAUUCUGUCUAUUAAUUUAGGAUAUCCACGUGUUUUAAUCUUUAUAUAUUGUAUCUUGAUAGAUCUUGGACCCAAAGUCUGCCUUUUUGUGUUCUU